AUGGUGGCUCUGAGCGACUUCCAGCGGAUCGGGGUAGGACUGGUUGGAUUUGGCCUCUUCUUCAUCCUUUUUGGGGUGCUCCUGUACUUUGACUCAGUGCUCCUGGCUUUUGGGAAUAUCCUCUUCCUCUCUGGCUUGGUCUUCAUCAUUGGCUUCAAGAGGACCUUCACCUUCUUCUUCCAACGGCCAAAGCUGAAGGGCACCAGCUUCUUUUUUGGGGGGCUCGUCAUCGUCCUCAUGAAGUGGCCCCUCCUGGGCAUGCUGCUGGAGACUUAUGGCUUCAUCACCCUCUUCAGGAGUUUUUUCCCGGUGGCUUUUGGGUUUUUGGGCUGGCUGCCAAACAUCCCGGUGCUGAGCAAGCUCUUGCAGAAGGUGGGAGAGAGCAGCUCCAUGGUGUGA